AUUACUUCUCAGAACAUUUUUAGUUAACUUCUUUCAGCUGUGCGUGUGCUGGUUUAAAAUAUUGCAUCGUAUAUAUCUAUAUUAUAUCAAAAAGUAUGAUAUAUUAGAAAAUAACGAAAAGGGGAACAAAUAUACUUAUCUAAUUCUGAUUGUGCAUGCUUAGACAGUUCAUUACCUGUCCGCUCUGUGGGCGUGGUUAUGGAUCCGCUUCUAUUGAUAUACACAUUCCUCAAUGUUAUGAUAAGGCACUUAAGCGCUGGAAGAUUGAACCCAUCGGGCCGCGGCCUGUUAUGCCGAAGUUGAAUAAAACUAAAUGCAGAACCAUUAAAGGGGCUUUUUCAGGGGAUACUAGGUUCGCCAACGAGCAGCCGUGCGGUAUUUCUAAGAAUACACCUCAGUCUCUGUUCACCAAUUUCGAACGGGAUGCAUUUUCGGUUGAAAAUCCCAAUCUUCACGCGUGCUCUAAGUGCGGGCGUAAGUUUAUUUUUGAUCGGAUUGGCUAUCACGAAAGGGUAUGUAAAGGAAAUUUGAAACGUCGUGUGUUUGAGAGUAGCAGGCAGCGGAGAUCCGAAGACGAGUCAUUUGGUUCAGGCGUUCAUAAUAUUAGUUCUGGCAGGAAAGGCAAAAAAAAGAAUACAGACGCAAACCAAUCCAUUGGAUUUUCGGUGAGCCAACAACUGAGUACGUGGAGACAUCAACACGAGGAAUUCAUCGAGGCAAUUAGAGGCGCUAGAAGAAAUGACCAGUCGCGGCAAAGGCAAGGUGCGGUAAAAUUCGACCAGGAUGUCUUGCAAGUAUCCCAUUCAGCUGCGACUGCUUCAUCGCGGCGAGCAGGUGUUCCUGCAUCAAUGAUUCGACAAAGCACAACUUUCAAGUCGAACAUUGCACACGGGGGCAGAGCAGGGCAUAAGGUUAGUGCUUCUGAUUUUUUAAGUACUUCCACGCCCUGGGCACCUAUACAUAAUCGAAAUAAUCAGAGGCAGUUUCAAAAUGUUACCACUAGGGGUGAUAGCCACAAAUUUACAGUGUGUGGUGGUGCUGGAUCUGGCGGAAUUCGAAUCGCUAAGGAUAAUACAACGAGCUUGGGCAUGCUUCAAGCCUUUGGUCGUGCUUAAGAAGAAGUAAGUAUCUUGAUCUGUCAUUUUAUUCUUACUAGCCAGUUUUUGUCAGAUUUGUAAAGCAAAAUUAGGCAUAUGAUGUGAAAAGCUAAGAAUGAACCCACAUUUAUUUUUAAGGAAAAAAUUGAACGGAAACACUGAAUUUGAAAACUUUGACUUAUUUUAGAUUCUUAUUAGGAACAUGUGUAUCACAUCAAAAGACAUGCCUAAUAUUAUGGACAUCGUAAAUAUUUGUAAAUUAAUUUAUAUUGACUUUCUUACAUCCCUAGGGUAUCAUUUGACUUAACUUUCUUAUUUUGCACAAGAUAUUAUUGCUGUUCUCAAUGUCAAUAGAUUUUAGUUUAUUACGUAUUAUAUGUUAUCAUCGUAUUCUUAUAUUUGUUGAUGUCUUUUUAGUAAA